CAGCGCCAUACAAUUUUAAUUGACAACAGGACCUUAGCCGAUGCAAAUCCAGUACAUCCGUCGGCACCACAUUGUUCGCUUAUCAGAUGCCACGUCCUAUAAAAGAGAUGCCAUGGAACCACCGCCUUACUCUAUUGACGUCUUACUUACUGAGAAACAUGGAUUCUACCUACUUAAAGAUUUGGCUGUUACUAAGCAGCUGGCUGUUCGUGCGAGGAGCUCCUCUGGCCAUGUUGCAGCAUGCUACAUCAUCACAGAGCAUCGUCUUCCAUCCACAGGCAUCCACCCCUUCGCCUUCCAUUGCUGGUUCAUCAGGUGUGGACCAAUACGGUGGAAGUCCGCCUAAAUACGAGUACAAAUACGAAGUAUCGGACCACCAGACGGGAGACAGGAAGAGUCACUGGGAGAGCCGAGAUGGAGAUAGAGUGAGAGGAGCGUAUACACUGUACGAGCCUGAUGGAGCGCUCAGGACUGUGGAAUAUACUGCUGACUCCCUACAUGGGUUUAACGCAGUAGUGAGAAGAGAUGAGCCGAAGCACUCAGGAAUAAAUUCCUUCAAUCCCUUGUCAAACAAUGUCCACGAGGGAUACGACGCUGUUAGUCAGUCGAGAUAUUCUCCAGACAGGAGCACCUUCUCUGGCCAGGCGAGUCAGGGUCAUUCAGGCUCCAGCGGAUACAACCCAGGGGUCGGAUUCAGUGUUGAUCAUGCCGCUGGGCCCUCGCGAGGGGAGUCAGUUAAACCUUAUUAAAAAUAAUAAUACAUGCUUUUAAACUGGGCGUUGAAGAUUGCCAAUAAGUACGUUUUUAAAGGUUAAAGAUUAUGUAAAUUGUAGUUUUAAUUAAAUGCCAUAAAAUCCAUGGAUUUUGAAGACAUUAUUAUAUAAAAAAAUACUUAAAUUGACAUACGCACUUAAAACUAUCCAAUCACUUUCAACCGCUUCUUAUUGCAGACUUUUAUUUUCGUAGCCAAAGAGUCCGAUUUUACGAAUAAAAUCAAAAUGACUUCUCAUAAUGGAUAUAUGUCAUUAAAAAUAAAUACAGACACUUAAGUGUUGAUCAACGGUAUGAUAUUACCAUUUAAGUACCAAGUUAAUCUACGGAAAACUCGGUAAAACGUGGGUUAGUAUUUCUUCUUGUGAUGGAUGUAUCUCUGGUUACACCAAUUGGGAUAUAUUCGUAAGUUUAUGUUAUGUUUAAGUAAUAGGAUAAUUUAUAAUUAUUAUUAAUCUAGAGGGGUAUAAGUACCUGUCCUAUUUAAUAUUUUAUGCUUAUUUAAUAUUUUAGCAGACUGUAUUCAAUUGUGAUCAGUAGUAUUGUACGUAUUUACGGAAAAUGAAUACAAUAAAAUGCGUAUAUGUCA